GCUGAUAGAUGAGGAAUGUAUUCUGAUCAUUGGUUACCGAGAUGCCAGUUAAUGUGGACCUAGAUUGUAACACAGGAGUUGCCCUGCGUGACACAACAUUGUGGAGAGGCUCAAGUAGUUAAAGACCAACAUUGUUUAAACAUAAGGUCCUUUCUUAGUCUUUCAGAGCCACACACACACUGAUCUUACUGUGUGGUGCAUGCUGUUCCUUCCUGUCUGUGCUGAGUUAAACAGGUCCAGUCAGCACAAUUGUUUGUGUGUGUGUGCGCGCACCGAGAGGCAGGCAGGCAACACUGGUGUCAAGGGUGGGCUGUACAUUUUCCAUGGAAGGAGGAAGAGAGGUCUGCUUUCUGAGAUACCUGAAAGGCAGUCCUCUGUGUUGCGGUAUGGAGCAUAGGGGUCAGGAGUUGUAACUUUUCAGACAUUGUUCUGUCCUUGCGUUUUUCCAGGUAAAACAGCAGUGAUGUCAUAAUGAAGGAUUACCUGUACAUUUGGAACUGACAGAUUACAUAAAACAAUUUAACAUGAGACUAUGAGAUGGCAUGGUGGUCCACAAAUAAACUGUAAGGAGCCUCCUGUAGUCUUCCUAAUAUUAUGUUGACUAUGUGGAAUCUCAACCCCCCCCCAACUGUGACUAUUCUCAGUAAUUGUUUUGUAUGUAAUUACAGGUAUUAUUAUUUCUUCUUAAUGACAUCUAUGUUUUCUAACUGCAAAAUACAUGCAGAAGUUAAUGAUCGUUUUACAGGGGAAUGAAUGCUCCACUCCCUAAGAGCUAUCAUGGUCGAUUACUGCACUCUCAAUAUGUGGUACUCCCUGCUGCUGAGUCAGUCAGAUUGAGUCACAGUUUGGGUUCUGACCUGGAGGUAAGUGUGUGUGUGUGUGUGUGUGUGUGUGUUCAGUAGCAGUAAUGGCGGAAAUUAGCCGCUUAUAGCAGGAACCUGACUGUCAUUGACUGAGAUGACUCUAUAGGUUAAACAGAACAACAUAAUGUGUUGUAGUUUACACUGUCUUCUUGAGGACAAAGGUGAAGAGUUUGGUUUUGUACAACAACACUGUCAGGAAUUUGAAUGUCAUGAUGUGAUUUGGCAUCACAGAUCUCAACACUGCCAGCAUGAGGUUCUGCAACAUGACAUCAGUGCAUGGGUAUGGCUCUGACAUCACCCAAUGUGGUAUAGAUUUGCUAUUUUAAAAAAUACUUUAGAACCGAAACCAGCAAGCUAGCUGGUAGUCAGAUAGCCACUGCUAGCGGUCAUCACCGUUAACUCGGACAUCUGCCAGCCUCAGCCCGGUCAAUUCUUGCCAGUCUGCACAGCGCGAUAUCAACCCAGAGCAUAUCGGACUCCUUUUCUCUACCACAUCUCCAGAUUCCUACUGCAAGCUCUGAACCUUUACUCUGGAUCAUCGCAGGUAGAUAGCUGCUAUCCGAGUGGAUACUCCUGGCUAACGUCUCUGUCCCGAUGCAAGCACCAGUUAGCCUGGAGCCUGCUAGCCCCGGCCUGCUAGCUGUCUGAAUCGCUGUGCCUCCAGCUUGCCUAGCUACUCACUGGACCCUAUGAUCACUUGGCUACAAUUGCCUCUCUGCCUCUCCCUAAUGUCAAUAUGCCUUGUCUAUUGCUGUUUUGGUCAGUGAUUUGUCUUAUUUCACUGCAGAACCUCCAGCCCUGCUCAAUAUGCCUUAGCUAGCCCCUUUGUUCCACCCCCAUACAUGCGGUGACCACACCUGGCUUAAAUGGUGCCUCCAGAGACAAAACCUCUCCCAUCAUCACUCAAUGCCCAGGCUUACCUCCACUGUACUCAUAUCCUACCAUACCCUUGCCUGUACAUUAUGCCUUGAAUCUAUUCUUCCGCACCCAGAAACCUGCUCCUUUUACUCUGUUCUGAACCAGUUCUUUUAGCCUUUAGCCGUACUCUUGUUGACUUCUGUAACCGUAAAAGCAUUGGUUUCAUGCAUGUUAACAUCAGAAGCCUCCUCCCUAAGUUUGUUUUAUUCACUACUUUAACAAACUCCGCCAACUUGGAUGUCCGAGCCGUAUCUAAAUCCUGGCUUAGGAAGGCCACCAAAAAUCCUGAAAUUUCCAUCCCUAACUAACAUUUUCUGACAAAAUAGAACUGCCAAAGGGGGUGGAGUUGCAAUCUACUGCAGUGAGAUCCUGCAGACUUCUGUCAUACUAUCCAGGUAUGUGCCCAAACAUUUCAAGCUUCUAUUUUUAAAAAUCCACCUUUCCAGAAACAAGUCUCUCACCUUUGCCGCUUGUUAUAGACCCCCCUUCAGCCCCCAGCUGUGCCAUGGACACCAUAUGUGAAUUGAUCGCCCCCCCAUAUAUCUUCAGUGUUUGUAUUGUUAGGUGACCUAAACUGAGAGAUGCUUAACACCCCGGCCGUCCUACAAUCUAAGCUAGAUGCCCUCAAUCUCACACAAAUGAUCAAGGAACCUACCAUGUACAACCCUAAAUCCGUAACCAUGGGCACCCUCUUAGAUAUCGUCCUGACCAAUUUGCCUUCUAAAUACACCUCUGCUGUCUUCAACCAGGAUCUCAGCGAUCACUCUCAUUGCCUGCGUGCGUAAUGGGUCCGCAGUCAAACGACCACCAUUCAUCACUGUAAAAUGCUCCCUAAAACACUUCAGCGAGCAGGCCUUUCUAAUCGACCAGGCCCUGAUAUCCUGGAACGAUAUUCACCUCAUCCUGUCUGUAGAGGAUGCCUGGUUGUUCUUUAAAAGUGCUUUCCUCUCCAUCUUAAAUAAGCAUGCCCCAUCCAAUUAAUGUAGAAAUAAGAACAGAUAUAGAUAGCCCUUGGUUCCCCCAGACUUGACUGCCCUUGACCAGCACAAAAACAUCCUGUGGCGUUCUGCAUUAGCAUUGAAUAGCCCACGCGAUAUGCAACUUUUUAGGCAAUUCAGGAACCAAUAUACUCAGUCAGUUAGGAAAGCUAAGGCAAGCUUUUUCAAACAGAAAUUUUCUUCCUGUAUCACUAAUUCCAAAAAGUUUUGGGACACUGUAAAGUCCAUGGAGAAUAAGAGCACCUCCAACCAGCUGCCCACUUCACUGAGGCUAGGAAACUCUGUCACCACCGAUAAAUCUACCCCGGCCAACAUCUCAGCACACCCUGCAGCAACUUGCCCCCCCCCCUGAUUCUCCUUCACCCAAAGCCAGACAGCUGAUGUUCUGAAAGAGCUGUAAAAUCUGUAUCCCUACAAAUCAGCUGGGCUAGACAAUUUGUACCCUCUUUCUAAAAUGAUCUGCCGAAGUUGUUGCAACCCCUAUUACAAGCCUAUUCAACCUGGGUGGCACCACCUCGCGGUCAUCCCCCUCUUCAAAGGGGAGACACUAGACCCAAACUGUUAUAGACCUAUAUCCAUCUUGUCCUGCCUUUCUAAAAUCCACGAAAGCCAAUUUAAUAAACAGAUCACAGACCAACUUCAAAUCCCACCGUACCUUCUCCACUAUGCAAUCUGGUUUCCGAGCUGGUCAUGGGUGCACCUCAGCCAUGCUCAAGGUCCUAAAUGAUAUCAUAACUGCCAUCGAUAAGAGAGAGUACUGUGCAGCCAUCUUCAUCGACCUGGCCAAGGCCUUCGACUCUGUCAAUCACUGCAUUCUUAUCAGCAGACUCAAUAGCCUUGGCUUCUCAAAUGACUGCCUCGCCUGGUUAAACCAACUACUUCUCAGAGUUCAGUGUGUCAAAUCGGAGGGCCUGUUUUCCGGACCUUUGGCAGUCUAUGGGGGUGCCAUAGGGUUCAAUUCUUGGGCCGACUCUUUUCUCAAUAUAUAUCAAUGAUGUCGCUCUUGCUACUGGUGAUUCUCUGAUCCACUUCUACGCAGACGACACCAUUCUGUAUACAGUCGUAGCCCAAAUUUUUGAGAAUAACACAAAUAUUAAUUUUCACAAAGUCUGCUGCCUCAGUUUGUAUGAUGGUAAUUUGUAUAUACUCCAGAAUGUUAUGAAGAGUGAUCAGAUGAAUUGCAAUUAAUUGCAAAGUCCCUCUUUGCCAUACAAAUGAACUGAAUCCCCCAAAAACAUUUCCACUGCAUUUCAGCCCUGCCACCAAAGGACCAGCUGACAUGUCAGUGAUUCUCUCGUUAACACAGGUGUGAGUGUUGACGAGGACAGGGCUGGAGAUCACUCUGUCAUGCUGAUUGAGUUCGAAUAAUAGACUGGAAGCUUCAAAAGAUGGUUACCUGCAAGGAAACACGUGCCGUCAUCAUUGCUUUGCACAAAAAAGGCUUCACGGGCAAGGAUAUUGCUGCCAGUAAGAUUGCACCUAAAUCAACCAUUUUAUUGGAUCAUCAAGAACUUCAUGGAGAGUGGUUCUAUCAUUGUGAAGAAGGCUUCAGGGUGCCCAAGAAAGUCCAGCAAGCGCCAGGACCGUCUCUUAAAGUUGAUUCAGCUACGGAAUCGGGGCACUACCAGUACAGAGCUUGCUUCAAACCCACUGGCUCAUUGAUAAGUAUUUGAUAGGUAAAGCCACGCCUUAUCUCAGCUCACUGGUCACCAUAGGAACACCCACCCGUAGCACGUACUCCAGCAGGUAAAUUGCACUGGUCAUCCCCAAAGCCAUCACUUCCUUUGGCCUCCUCUCCUUACAGUUCUUUGCUGCCAAUGACUGAAUUACAUAAAUCUCUGAAGCUGGAGUCUUAUAUCUCCCUCUCUAACUUUGAGCAACAGGUGUCAGAGCAGCCUACCUAUCAUUGGCUGCAUACAGGUACAAUCUUUAAAUGGCACACCCAACUACCUCAUCCCCAUAUUAUUACUUACCCCCUUGGGUUGUGCCGUGGCGGAGAUCUUUGUGGGCUAUAUUCGGCCUUGUCUCAGGAUGGUAAGUUGGCGGUUGAAGAUAUCCCUCUAGUGGUGUGGGGGCUGUGCUUUGGCAAAGUGGGUGGGGUUAUAUCCUUCCUGUUUAGCCCUGUCCGGGGGUGUCAACGGAUGGGGCCACAGUGUCUCCUGACCCCUCCUAUCUCAGCCUCCAGUAUUUAGGCUGCAGUAGUUUGUGUUGGGGGGCUGCUCCAGUUCCAACUGUUCUGCCUGUGAUUAUUAUUAUUUGUCCAUGCUGGUCAUUUAUGAAUAUUUGAACAUCUUGGCCAUGUUCUUUUAUAAUCUCCACCUGGCACAGCCAGAAGAGGACUGGCCACCCCACAUAGCCUGGUUCCUCUCUAGGUUUCUUCGUAGGUUUUGGCCUUUCUAGGGAGUUUUUACUAGCCACCGUGCUUCUACACCUGCAUUGCUCGCUGUUUGGGGUUUUAGGCUGGGUUUCUGUACAGCACUUUGAGAUAUCAGCUAAUGUACGAAGCGCUAUAUAAAUAAAUUUGAUUUUCUCUUUUGCACCCCGGUAUCUCUACUUGCACAUCAUCGGCACAUCUAUCACUCCAGUAUUAAUGCUAAAUUGUAGUUAUUUCGCAUCUACGGCUUGUUUAUUGCUUACCUCCCUACUCUUCUAGAUUUGCACACACUGUACAUAAAUAGAAAAAUCUUUCUUUUCUAUUGUGUUAUUGACUCUACGUUUAUGUGUAACUCUGUUUUUUUUUUCGCACUGCUUUGCUUUCUCUUGGCCAGGUCGCAGUUGUAAAUGAGAACUUGUUCUCAACUGGCCUACCUGUUUAAAUAAAGGUGAAGUAAAGUUUAAAAAAUAAAUAUUUCUUUCUCACAAAAAUGGAAUCCCUGAACCUUCAGCUGUGUUUGAGCUGGAUUUACACAAAAAAAUAACAACAUAUAUUUAACAUCUUUAUUUGGGGAUCAACAUCAAUAAGGGAAGUGAAAACUAAAGUUUAAAAAAAGUCAGUGAAGAGUUAAACCUUUUCCCAAAUGUAUCCUUUUCUGGUUUCCUGGGGUAUUACCCCCCUCCCCCCCCUCCACCGCGCCGCAGUCUCUCUCUCCUGGUCUUGAUGGGGGGGUGGGCUAGUUCUUACAUGCAGAGUUUUUUUAACUGCUAACAUCUGGGAGAACUUGAUCACUCUCACUUAGCACAGACCAGAGAGAAGGACUGCAGACUGAUUCCAGCUACAGGACUCUCUCCCCCUGCCUGCCACCUAGCCUCCCCACUACGCCUCGUUUCGUCUCGCUCUCACAGUCAGUGGAGAGCCUGCCUCCCACCCUGCGUUCAGGGAACCUGAGUGUUCUGAAGAUGCGCUGGGAGCAGCCAGGUCCUCGCCAAGACAGACCAGCCCCGCUAUCCAACGGGCCACCCCGUGCCCGCCUCUCCCCCUCUGCCGUACCAAAACCAACCCCCCUGACCGAGCACCUUCCCCCAGCCAAGUCUCCGGAAUCCUUGAACACUCAGGGUGGUCAAAGCACAGCCUUCAGCUGUUUCCAGUAUCCUGUAGCAGCAGCUAUAGCCGAGGAGGGACAGAGAGGGAUGGAGAAGAAAGCGCAGCAGACAAGCGAGCGAGAGGAGGAGAAAGAGCUGAUGCAGGUGGAAGACGAGGUGGUGCCACCCAGCCCCUGCACACCCAUCGAGAAACCCAGCGUGCCUCUCAACAGCCUGAAGAUGAUGUUUGAGAAGGGAGAGGGCACCAAGGGAAAGGUGAGGACAGGACUACACCGCAGCUCCUCCGAGGACAUGGACCAGAGACUAGGAGUGUUGUCCCCUGACAGAGUGGUUGAGACCACCUCCCUGAAGGAAAGAAUGGCCAAGUACCAGUCAGCCGCUACCAAAAAGGGCCCACAAGCACACACUACCAGUCAGUCAGAGCGAGAGUAUAACAGCCUGAAGGAGAAUGUGCCCCCUAGUGGUGUGGCUGUGAGCCAGGCUUUAGAGUCCUACAGCAGAAAAGUUGCUGUAGCAGAGACCAAUGGGGAUGGCAUGGACAUAUCUAGUUUUAAGGGUAGCACCUCAUCUUCAUCCUCAGUCCACAGUGACUUGCCCAAGACAGCCUGGAAGUUCUGCCUUUCCGCGAGGGAGACGUGCAUCACGUGCCUAAAGACAGUGUACCCGCUGGAGAGGCUGGUGGCCAACACCCAGAUCUUCCACACCACCUGCUUCCGCUGUCUCCACUGCAACACCAAGCUCAGCCUGGGGAGCUAUGCCUCUCUACACGGUAAGGUCUACUGCAAGCCCCACUUCAGCCAGCUGUUCAAGGCCAAAGGCAACUACGACGAGGGCUUUGGCCACCGCCCCCACAAGGACCUGUGGACGCCCCGUGCCGAGGAAGAGGAGGAAGAAGGAGUUGACCGGGUAGUGGAGAUGAGGUCUGCGGAGCGGGCAGAAAGAGCUGUGGUGGUGUCUCAUCCAGCCGAGACACCACUCUCCCCAGCCAAGCAGUCCAGCCCCACGGUGGAGGAGUCUCCCCUGGCCAAGGUGACAGAGCUGACUGCCUCUCAUGAGACACACAGCCACAUUUCCUCCACUGAGAAACUCUCCACCGCCGAGAAAAUACCAGAGGCCUGCAGGCUUAGGGUUGCCUGGCCCCCUCCUGCUGACAGUGAUGCUGGAGCCUCUCCUGCUCUGGAGGGUGGUGGUGUGGGCCGGCCCUGGAGGGCCAAGUGGCCCCCGGAGGGUGAGGUGUCAUCGUCCACCCUGAGCCCCGACAGGGCCGAGCUGAAGAGCCUCAGGAGGAGCUCGUCUCUGAAGGAGCGCAGUCGGCCCUUCUCGGUGGCCCCCAGCCUCACCAACACCCUGGGGCCACGGGAGCCCCGCCAGCCCCUCAAAUCCCUGAUGGAGAGGAGGGGGUCGCUGGAGGACAGCUGCUCCACGCUUAAGGAACCUGAACCCCAACUCCAGAGGGGGAGAGAGGAGGAGAAAGAGGGGAGAAGGCCCACACCGCCCAGCGGCAGUGCGGUGAACGGAGAGAUCAGCUGCGAGGAGGUAGAGAGUCUCCUGGCAACGCAGGACAAGAAAGAAGAGCCGAUGAAGAAAGGAAAAGAAGCAGCAAUGGAAGAUGAAGAGGAAAGGGCUUCUUUAAAAUGCAAAAGUGCCACUCCAGACAUCAUAUCAUCUCCGCCCCCGCAGCCCAAACACAACCGCAGUUCCCAGGAUGUGGGCUUCUGGGAGGGGGAGGAGGGAGGCGAAGGGGAGGAGGAACAGCUCACCAUAGAGGAGAUGAUCAAGAGGAACCGCUAUUAUGAGGAAGAUGAGGAGGAAGACGACGUCUGAAUAGACAGCUCUGAAUCAGACUGGAUUUAGACUGGACACACACCAUGGACACACACCAACAUAUUAUGUCCCUAGUACUCCCUGUCCACUUUAUAAAACCCAGGGAGUUCUUAAGUGCAGGGACACAACAAUUGUGAUUUUUCUCUGUUUGUGUGUAAUUUGUGAUCAUUUUGAGUGUUUGUUUCGUUCACAGUAGAAAAGUUAGCAAUACAUCAGUCUUACACUACAUUGAACCAAAUAGCCUGAUUAUUUUAGUGAUUUCUGAGGGAGCUUGAUAGAAGGGACUGGUAGAUUGUAGACAGUUGGAUUAAAAACAUUUAGUACCGUUUUCCAUGUUUUGUAUUUUUACGCUGGAAAGGCUGGUCUGUGUCUUUUUAAAAACUGGGAGUGAAUACAGUUACGAUCUUUAUGAUACACAGCCCUGAUUGGCGGAUAGGAUACACAGCCCUGAUUGGCGGAUAGGAUCGUCUAGACCAGGGUUUCCUAAACUCGGUCCUGGGGCCUCCCCCUGGGUGCACGUUUUGGUUUUUGUCCUAGCACUACACAGCUGAUUCAAAUAACCAACUCAUCAUCAAGCUUUGAUUAUUUGAAUCAGCUGUGUAGUGUUAGGGCAGAAAACAAAAUACGCAACCAGGGUGGGCUCCAGUACUGAGUUUGGGAAAACCUGGCCUAGACUCUAGAGCAGGGUUAUUCAACUCUUACCCUACGAGGUCCGGAGCUUGCUGGUUUUCUGUUCUAUCUGAUCAUUAAUUGCACCCGGUCUAAAUCAGUCCCUGAUAAGAGGGGAACAAUGAACAACUCAGUGGAACUAGCUUGGAGGUCCAGAGAUGAGUUUGAGGGCUCUAGAGCCUAUCCCUUGAGAGUAAUCAGAAUAAUCAGAUUGUGAUGUAAUGCUGUGGGCCAAAAACUACACCCCCCUUUUUUCAAAAGCUGUUACACUAAAAGGGCAUUGUCAACAUUUUCACAAUUUCAGUGUUAUUUCGACCCCGUAAGUGUGGAAAUAUCAAUAAAAUAGGGAAAUCACGUUUGACUGCACUGCCCCUUUAAGUGUGCUAGUACAAAGCACUGCCAGAUGGAUUCCAGGAUCAGAGCUGCUUUAAAUAAUCACAAGCAGUCGCUUCAUGGGUUUGAUAGUACUUGAUCUUGUAAUAUACCUUAAGAAUCAAAAAAGGCUUGUGACAGAAUGUGGUAAUUUGAUCCGUGAUGACUAAACCAACAAUGUACUAUCUGUGAUGUAUGUUUGGGCCCUUUCUCUUCCUGGGUGUAUAUUUUUAGUUGUCCUUUGACACAGUGCCUGUUUUAAAUUGUAUAAAAAGCAUCCUAUUUUAUAAUGAAUUUAGAAAACUGGAUAAAUACAGAUUAUUAUAUUUACCCUCAAUGUUUUAUACUUCAUUUUUUUGGGUCCUCCAUAAAGUAAUCUUAGAAUUGUACGUCUUGAUGUGUUUGAAAUAAAUAAUAAAUGGUCUAUCAUUGAUA